AUGCAACACAAAGCUUUUGAAGGAAACAAGUCCACAUGGCAGGACUCCUUAAGAAACAGUAACUCAUAUAAACCUUUUCGUUGCCCACAAUGUGGGGAAAACACGCGCUUUAGGACCCUCUCCUCUUUAAGAGCACACUUAGACUACAUGCACAGCUAUGAGGAACGAUAUUUUUGGGGAAAAUCGGGUGUUUUCUGUUCCAUGAAGGAGAUUGAUCAGAAAUUACUUCUAGAAUCUCUUAAUGAUGACAACAAUGACAAUGCUUUGAAACGAAAAUCAUCUUCAACGUUUUGCGACCAAACAAACGAAAGAAAGAUCAAUAGUCCUAUAGAAAUAUCAUCUGAUAGGCCUACAUCUCUUAUUAAAAGCCCAUAUUCUAAUGAUUCCAAUGACAUUCAUAACUUUGUAUCUGGAUUUCCUAUUACACGGACUAAGCUAAAUUUAGAUCCACAAAGAAAAGUAGUGUUCAAUGAAAUUUUAGAAACAGUGGACAAGACAAUAGAAAAGAAAAUUGAUAAGUUAAACAAAGAGCUUUGCCAAAAAACGUCAGAGCUGCUGGAAGUCCGGGCGGCAUUUUUUCAACUUUCCCAGAAAAAACAGGAAGUUCAACGUCGGGAAAGGGCCCUCAGUAGACAGGUGGAUGUUGCUGUUGAAUUGAUUGCAGUACUUCGACAACGAUUAACAGAGUCUGAGCAGGAACUUCAACGUAAAGAGGCAGAAGUGGUUACCAUCAACCAUUUCCUGGAAGCAGCAGCUGAGAAGGAGUUUCAUGGUAAAAGACGGCUCCAACAGUUUAUUGAAAAUCUCCUUCAAAGAGUGGAACUUGCUGAGAAACAAUUAGAAUAUUACCAAAACCGACAGAUCAAGAACAACCAUAUGGCACUUGGUGAAAUUGUGGUUGGACAUAUACCAGCAAGUAGGAAAAGCAAAUGCCAGAAUCGUUUAAGCCAUUACCCAGUUAAUAUAAAACAUGACAGCCAGCCUCAGUCUGUUCAGAAAGCGAGAACCUAUAUUAAUCGAGUUGGGAUACAGCCCAUGAAACUGCUGUACGAGUCUUCUGAUUGUGCUAGAGAUCUCUGGAAGUUGCAGAAGAAAGGUGACCAGACAAGCGCCAACAGAAAAGUUCACAGCAAAUCAAAAACUGGAAAAAAAAUUGUCAUAGGUAACAAUGUAUAUAAACCGCACUAA